AAAACACUUGGUACUCUGUGUAACUCCGCAGCGAGGACCGUAACCACGCAACUAUCCUCGGGUUUCUCCGGGACACCUUACACAUGGCAGCUUGGAAGCACCAAGGCGUGCGUGAAGCAGAGCGCUGAGACCCACAGGGUUGGCCCACUGGGCCCUGGAGCGGAGCGGGGCGGUGCCUCCGCCAAGGGGCACGGGCAGCCCGGAGCCGCCGCCGUCGCAGCCACAAGCGUCGCCAUGCCGGUGGACCUGGCCAAGUGGGACGGGCCGCUGAGCCUCGCCGAGGUGGAGCAGAAGCCGGCGCACCCGCUGAGGGUCAAGUAUGGCUCCGUGGAGAUCGACGAGCUGGGCAAGGUGCUCACGCCCACUCAGGUCCAGCAUCGCCCCACCAGCAUCGAGUGGGACGGCUGCGAUCCGCAGAAGCUUUACACCCUGGUUCUCACAGACCCUGAUGCGCCCAGUCGGAAGGACCCAAAGUUCAGGGAGUGGCAUCACUUCCUGGUGACCAACAUGAAAGGCAACGACGUGGGCAGCGGGACCGUGAUGUCGGAUUAUGUUGGCUCCGGGCCUCCCAAGGGAACAGGGCUGCACCGCUACGUGUGGCUGGUGUACGAGCAGCCCCAGCAGCUGGCCUGCAGCGAGCCCGUGCUGUCCAACCGCUCCGGGGACAAGCGCGGCAAGUUCAAGGUGGCCGCCUUCCGCAGCAAGUACGGGCUGGGGGUGCCGGUGGCGGGCACCUGCUACCAGGCCGAGUGGGACGACUACGUGCCCAAGCUGUACGAGCAGCUCUCGGGGAAGUAGGGCCAGGGCCCUUGGGCACCGCAGCAGCCGUGGCUGGGGCCGGGCACGGCGCUGUAGUUCUGUUCUGUUAAUGAGUUGAACCCCAGUGUCCCGCUCUGACCACUGGCAAUGUCACCGUCCCUGCUCCGUGUCCCUGUGUUCAGGCCUGUGCUGAUGCUCGUGGUAUCCUAGCUAGAGAGCUGCUGAUGGGUGUCCCUGGCUCCAAACUGACCUGCUUAAGGGAAUUAAAAGCCUUUGUGAAUUAGUGUCAAUUCAGGGGGUCUCUGCUGUCUUGGGAUGGCUUGAGGUGGCAGGGGUGUGGGUACACAACCACUUCGGGGUGGGUGCUGGCUGUGGAGACUCCCUUUUCCAGGAAAGGAGAGGGCAGUCAAAGGGAAACUUGCUCCCCUUUUUUUUUCUUUUCCCCCUCCUACAUUUGGCCAGUGCCUCCACAUCACCACUGCAGUAGUGAAGGUGCAGCUCAAGAGGGAGGCAGGAGCUGGCCUAGAGCACUUCCUUCUGUUCUCUGCUGCCGCUCAAAGCUGAGACCACUUUGUUCUGUUCAGUCCUGUGGUGACCUGCCCUGUGCUCACAGUGCAAUUAAAAACUUCCCAAGGUA